UCCCUCAUGGCGUCUCACAUCUUUGCCUUCUUUUCUUCUCUUUCUCUGUCUUUCUUUUCCCGUACACCUUUUCCCUCGUUUCCUUCAUUUCUCUUUCUUUCUCAGUGAGGCCGGUACUUAUAAAAGUUCAUAGCGCUAUGAAUUUUUCAUAAACCUUCAAAAUGGCGGAUAUUUUUCAUAAAUAUUUCAUAAGCAGUUCAUAAGCCUUAAGAAAAAUUCAUAAGCGUUAAGAAAAAUUCAUAUGGUAAGACAGCGCGAGAGGUGUCAUACGAGCUUAUGAAAUUUUCAUAGGUACAAAGGACUGACUCUUCAACGGGUCACAUGUACAUGAAGGUUAAGAUCAAGAUCAAGGCAUCAUGGCUGGACAACAACAACAAGCCCGUGUACGUCAGCCAAGGGAAAGGAGAGACGUCCUGAAUGAACUGAGUGAUACAGAACUGAUCAGAAGGUACCGACUUGAUCGUGCUGGCAUUGUUUUUGUGACAGACUUGGUGAGGCCCGUGUUACUGAGACCAACGGCGACCAACAAGGCUCUCACUCCCGAGCAUAAAGUUUUAAUAACCUUAAGGUACCUAGCGACGGGGAAAAUGCAGCUCUGUAAUGGUGAUGACUUGGGAGUGUCCCAACAGACAGUGAGCAGGGUCAUCACGGAAACACUGGACGCCCUAAGUGCCCCACACAUACUGAAAAGAUUUAUAAAGUUUCCCGCCAAUCAAGAUCUCCAGCAAAAAAAGACAGAAUUCAGGGACGUUGCUGGCUUUCCUGAAGUGGUUGGUGUUAUUGAUGGAACUCACAUCAGAAUUAUGAGACCAAGACAGUUUGAGGCAGAAUAUGUAAACCGCAAGAAAUACCAUAGUAUAAAUGUGCAGGUGGUUUUCGAUGCCAAAUACAAGAUUACUGACUUAGAAGCGAAGUGGCCAGGCUCAGUUCAUGAUGCACGCAUUUUGAAUGAAAGUGGGCUCAAGAGGAUGUUCGAGACUCGUGCUGUUCCAGCUGGAUGCCAUCUGCUUGGGGAUAGUGGGUACGGUAACAAAACUUGGCUGCUGACACCAUAUCUGCGACCUCAGCAUGAAUACCAGCUAGCCUACAAUAGAGCUCACAAGAAAACACGGAGUAUUGUGGAGAGAGGAAUUGGCCAGUGGAAGCGAAGAUUUCAUGUUCUCCACAGUGAAAUUCGUGUAACUCCCCCGGGGAAAGUAUGUAAGAUUAUUUUUGUCUGUGCUAUGUUGCACAACAUAUGCAAAGACAGAAAUAUUCAAAUACUUUUGGAGGGUGGUGAAGAACAUGGCCAACCACAAGCAGAGGACAACAUCCAGAUGGCUGCCGGAGAGGAAAAUGACAACAAUGGUGGUCAUGCCGAGCUCCCUGCAGGUUAUUAG